AUGGAAGGAGCCAGCAUUUUUUGGACUCAAGAUCAGUUCAGCUGUCCGAUCUGUCUGGAUUUACUGAAGGAUCCAGUGACCAUCCCCUGUGGACACAGCUACUGCAUGAACUGUAUCAGAGACUGCUGGAAUCAAGAUGAUCAGAAGAGAGUUUACAGCUGCCCUCAGUGCAGACGGACCUUCACUCCAAGACCUGCUUUAAAUACAAAUUUGGUGUUAGCUGAAAUGGUGGAGAAAGUGAAGAAGACAAAAAUCCAAACAUCUUUGGAAAAAAUCUGCAGUUACGCUGGACCUGAAGAUGUUGAGUGUGAUGUUUGUACUGGAAGGAAACGUAAAGCUGUCAAGUCAUGUCUGCUGUGUCUAGAGUCUUACUGUCAAACUCACUUUGAGCGCCAUGAGGAAUUUCACUCGGGUAGACGACACAAGAUAACUGGUGCCACUGGACGACUGCUGGAGAUGAUCUGCUCUAAACAUGACAAACAACUAGAAAUCUAUUGUCGUACUGAUCAGCAAUGUAUUUGUUAUCUGUGUGCAAUGGAUGAACAUAAAAACCAUGACACUGUAUCAUCUGUAUCAGAGAGGAUAGAGAAACAGAAACAGUUAGAAGACACACAGAGAACAUUGCAUCAUAGAAUUCAGGAGAGAGAGAAAGAGCUUCAUGAGCUAAAAGAAGCUGUGAAGACACACAAGCUCUCCGCUCAUGCAGCAGUGAAGGACAGCGAGAGGAUCUUCACUGAACUCAUCCGCUCCAUUGAGAGAAGACGCUCUGAGGUGAUACAGAUGAUCAGAGAUCAGGAAAAGGCUGAAGUGAAUCGAGCUGAAGGACUCUUGAAACAAAUGAAGCAGGAGAUCGAUGAUCUGAAAAGGAGAGAUGCAGAGCUGAAGCAGCUUUUACAUUCAGACGAUCACAUCCAUUUCCUACAGAGUUUUCAGUCUCUAUCUGCCCCAAUUGAAACUGGAAAGAGUGUCAGUGCCGGGUCUCUGCUGUCUUAUGAUGACGUGGGAAAGGCUGUCUCUGACCUCAAAGAAAAACUGGAGGACUUCUGCAAAGAAGAGAAUGAAAAAAUAUUUGACAGAGUCACAUACAUCAACAUUAUUCCCAUCAUUGAGCCCAAGACAAGGGAGGAGUUCCUACAAUAUUUCCGUAGGCUCACUAUGAAUGCCAACACAGUAAACAAAUCUAUUCAACUGUCUGAGGAUAACAGGGUGGCAACUUACAGCAAAGAAACCCAGUCAUACCCUGAUCAUCCAGACAGAUUUGAUAAAUUGUAUGAGGUGCUGUGUAGAGAAAGCUUGAGUGGACGAUGUUACUGGGAGGUUAAAUGGAGUGGUACCGAAAGCUUGGGUAUAUCAGUGGCAUAUAAGAGCAUCAAGAGACAAGGAGAGAGAUGUGAGUGUGGAUUUGGAUUGAACGAUCAUUCUUGGAGAUUGUCCUGCACUCCAACCAGUUGCCAAUUCUGGCACAAUAACACACAUACUAAACUCAAUGAAUUUGCCAGGUCCUGUAGAAUAGGAGUGUAUGUGGAUCACAGAGCAGGGAUUCUGUCUUUCUACAGCGUCUCGGACAAAAUGACCCUCAUCCACAGAGUCCAGACCACAUUCACUCAGCCGCUCUAUCCGGGGUUUUUGUUAAAACGCGGCUUGUCAGUGACAUUUCAUAAUUUGACAAAAUAGAUGAUACAAAUAAUAUCACCAUGUGGAGCUGAGGUUUGGUUCUGUGCAUCAGUUGUUGAUUGGAUUUUGAGAUGUGGGUGGAGUACUCAAUUAACGGAGGCAGAUGAAUGCAUGCUUGCAGGGGCAGGGUUUAAGUGAACUAAAUAACUGGAAGUUCAGCAUAUGUUAGGCAAGUUUGCUGAUUCGCAGAAAGAUACAGUUAUGAUAUUUUGAUAAAAAUGUUAAAAAAAUAAACAUAUACUUGUAACAUUAAUUUCACAUGAUCACAUAUAGUGUGUCAAAUAUAUUAUAUUCUUAAACAAAAGUGCAUAUAUAUAUAUAUAUAUAUAUAUAUAUAUAUAUAUAUAUAUAUAUAUAUAUAUAUAUAUAUAUAUAUAUAAAAUAAUAUUUACAGUAAACUGAUUAGUUCAGCUUGUUUGCUCAUAUACAUUUACAAUAUCUACAUUGUAUAGAUCUGCUGCUUACAUCUUUACUUUUAUUGUGAAAUAUAAAUAAAUGUGGUUAUCUUUUUAUUCACAGCAAAAAUCAACUUGAAUAUGUUAGUUGUCAUUUACACUACUUAAGUAAUGUCAAAGUAAAUGACAACUAAAAUAUUUUAGUUGAGUCAAAAAAAGGCAGCGGGCCACACGUUAAUUCAAGUUGAAACUACUUUUGUUUUUUUGCAGUGUUGUCAACAGUUAUUUCAGCAUGAUUUAACAGAUAGUUCACAGUGAAUCCAGGAAAAAAAUUAUCCUGGCAAUAAAAUUUGCAUGCGUGGAUGGAAAGGCAAAUAUUGUGCAGAGAGUAAGUGCUUUUUUGUUUGUUGUACAAUUAUAUUCAAAAUAAACGUCUGAAAUUAU